GCGAACAUGGUGGUGUCGGUGCUGCUGGACGUGGCUCUCGGCAUGCUGCUGAUGUGGUGGCUGUACAAAGACAACCACAUCAGCAUGUUAGCCAACACACUGGUGCCUGCAGCCGACCACGUGGCCAAAGAGCUGGAGGAGCUGCUGCAGUGGCUGAUGGGAGCUCCUGCCGGGCUGAAGAUGAACCGGGCCCUGGACCAGGUGCUAGGCCGCUUCUUCCUCUACCACAUCCACCUCUGGAUCAGUUACAUCCACCUGACUGUCUGUCUGCUUUCGAGGAGCACUUCCUGA